CAGCUCGAUUACACGGAGUCGUUCGGGAAAAAGUUCGAUGAUAUUCCCAAAGCCGAUUUCAUGAAGAUGACAGUGAGACCUGAUAAUCUGGGAGGCUUACUUGAUUGCAUUCAUGUGAUUGGAACCUCAAAGUUUGAAAAACAUUCGGACGACAAGGCGGAUGGACAUCAUCAAGUCUACGUCACCUAUAGGCGCUGGACAGACAUGGACAAGAAGGUAGUCGAGGCUGAGGGUGAGGGACUUCUUAUUAUGACUCACCACUAUUCCAAGAUCAACGGAGAGUGGAAACUGAGUGGAACCACGCCACAUGGACGGCUUGGAGAUCUCAAACUCGACAAGGUCUUU